AUGCCUCACGCAACAGCCUCAGUAAACGGCAUCGUCGUCGCCGAAACAGACUCGUACGAAGUCGUCGACGGAAACAUCUAUUUCCCCCCUGAUGCCAUCAAAAAGUCCUACUUCAGUCCUACCUCGACCUCGACACACUGCCCCUACAAGGGCAACGCAAAGUACUACACGGUGACGACCAACAAGACUGAAGUCAAGGACGCCGCCUGGUACUAUCCCGAGCCCCUGGAAAGCAUGAACAAGAUCAAAGGCUACGUUGCCUUUUACAAGGGCAAGGCUGAGGUCAAGAGCGACUAG